AUGGCUUCCAAAGGAGUCUCCCUCCUGAAGUUCGUGGGAACUGUUUCCCUCGGUCUUCUGACUGGCCUCUCCUACUCCCUCUCAACCGUAACAGUCCCCUCGAUCCUCUCCCUCCCCUCCGCCUCCGACGCCCUCCGCGCCUUCAAGAAUCUCUACCCGAGCGCGACCGCCCGCCUCCGCCUCCUCACCGGCGUAUCCGCAACUUCCUUCCUCCUCGCCUUCUUCCUCUCCCCGCGCGCCUUCCGCCACCCUUACCUCGUCUACGCCUCCGUCCUCACGCUCACCUCUGGUCUUGCCGAGCAAAUCACCCCCUACGUCCUCAAGAGCAGCCCCGAGUCCUCCAAGGAAUCCAUCGCCGCCCGCCGCCAGGCCGCCCGCGACCGCGAGCAGAAGCGCAAAGCCGCGCGCAUCGCUCGCCAGGAGGCUCGCAUGGAGGCCAGCUACGAGGUCCUCGGCGACACCCACAGCGACGGCGCAGGCAGCGCGAGCGGCGACGAAUCGUCUUCGGCUGCGGCUGCUGAGGCCGAGGAGGAGGCGCUCAACGGCGAGGAGAUCCGCGGCGAGGUGGACGGUUUUAGGAAGACGCAGCUCGUGCAGUCUGCCGUUGCCUCGGUCGGCUUCCUGCUGUCUGUCAUCGGCAUCUGGGGCGAUGGUGCCAUUCAGGUCUUCAAGACCGAGACUGUGAUUGUUGGUGUAUAA